AAAAUGCUGCAAAGCCGUAAAGAGGAAACCACUGGUAAACGGACUCAAUUUCGACAGCACGACAUAACACCCAGGGAUCACGCGGCUAUAGAAUAUUUACUACGAAGAGGGAAAAGACAGCUGGAAGCAUAUGAAGGCGACAGCGUCAAAGACAUUUAUACAUAA